AUAAAAACUCAUUUCUUCAAAUAUUGUUUUGGACGUUACAUGUUUCUUCCUCCAAAUAUAAAAUCUCUACUCAUAAUUGAAUCAUAAACACCACAGCCCUCGAUUCCAAAAGCCAAUUCAAUCAAAGAUGAAUCAAUUCGCCGGAGUUCUCUUCCUCUGCAUCGUUCUCCUCUCCUCCUUCCUCGGAAAUACUGAUUCCGGUAUGAUCUCCGAUCUAUGCAAACACUCCGACGAUCCAAAACUCUGUCUAUCCAGCAUUAUUUCACGUCCCGAGUCAGGCGAGUUCGCAGGCACCAGCAAUCAGAUCGAGAUCAUAGCUAUCUCCGCCGCGUCGGCCAACGCUUCAGCCACUUCCGCCUACAUCAAGAAUAAGCUCGGCAACGAGGAUCUUGAGCCGGCGACUGAGGACACGCUCGAGGACUGUCAGAAGAAUUACCUAGACGCCGUUGAGCAGCUCGACGAUUCGAUCUCAGCCAUGCUCGCAGACGCGCACGCCGAUGUCGACGUCUGGCUGAAGGCGGCGAUAAGCGCCAUCGAGUCAUGUGGAAACGCGUUGGAGUCACGCGCAGGGAACGAUGCGGAGCUUUCGCAGAGGAACGAUAUGUUUCUUAAGCUUUGCAACAACGCUUUGAUGAUUAACAAAAUGCUAACUUGAUCAAAAUUCAUUAAUUAAUCCCCUAUAUAUAUUUGCAUGUAAUG